AUGGCCAAAAGCUCAUAUCGAUCGCUCUUGUCUUCGGACGAAUUCGUCAUCAGCUGUGGCACAGUCCCACUAGAUAUCACCCACAAGAAAGUGCUCCUGGUCAGGGAGCGCAAGACCAACGAAUUCCUUCUCCCAAAAGGUCGCAAAGAUAUGGGCGAGGACUUGCAAGCAACGGCUGUUCGAGAGACGAUUGAAGAAACUGGUUAUGCAGCAACUAUCCUCCCUCUCAAAACUGCGACACACGCUACAAACGAUCACGGCGGUAAGCAUACAGAACCUAUCGCUAGAACGGAAAGAAAGUCUGGCGACGUUCUAAAGACAAUCUACUGGUUUGCGUCAAGUGUGGACUCGCAAGGUGCACAUCAGCAAGAUACACAGCAAGAGGGAGAAGAUUUUGAAUCUGUUUGGAUGAAUCCGGACGAGGCAAUUGAGCGCUUGACAUAUCAUGACGACCGAGAAGUUGCUAGGAUGGUGAUAGAUGCAGCAUUUGGGACCUAG